AUGAAAAAUGUCACCAUCAUUACCAAGUUUGUCCUCAUAAGAUGGUCCAGAAAUCCUCAGAUCCAGACCAUGUUUUUUGCAGUGUUCCUGGUGAUUUACCUCUUGACCCUGAUGGGAAACCUGAUGAUGAUCCUGGUGAUCAGAAAUGAUUCUCAUCUUAAAACACCCAUGUAUUUCUUCCUAGGUCACCUGUCUUUUCUAGAUCUUUGCCUUUCUUCAGUAACCAUGCCCAAGAUGUUGCAGAAUUUAUUAACUCAAAGAAAACCCUUAUCUACAUGGGGCUGUGUGACCCUGAGUUUCUUUCUCAUAUUCUCUGGGAGCACAGAGGCCUGCCUGUUGUCUAUGGCCUGUGACCACUAUGCAGUCAUUUGCCACCCUCUCCUCUACAGUGUGGAUAAUACGCCUCUGUGUGUUGGAAUGAUAAUUGUAGCAUGGGCAGUGGGGUUCCUAAACUCCUUGCCAAACACUCUUUUAACCUACAGUUUACAUUUCUGUGGCCCCAGUGUCAUACCUCACUUUUGUUGUGAUCUUCCUUCACUCUUCCCUCUGUCCUGCAGUGAUCCUACUGCCAACGAAGCCCUUGCUGGGUCAUGUGCUUUGUUCGGAUUUGUGACACUUCCCCUGAUACUCUUCUCUUAUUCUAGAAUCAUCUCUUCCAUCCUAGUCAUCCAUUCUUCUGGGGCUCAAGGCAAAGCCUUCUCUACCUGUUCUUCCCACCUCACUGUGGUGCUUUUGUAUUAUGCCACAGCCUUAUUCAGAUACAUAACCCUCCUCUCAGGCUCCAAGUUGGAACAAGUGGUCUCUGUUCCAUACAAUGUGAUCACAUCUUUGCUGAACUCCCUCAUCUACAGCCUCAAGAACCAGGAGGUGAAAGCAGCUCUACAUAAAAUGUUUAAGCAAUAA